AUGAGGCCUGGGAACCAGAGCAGUGUGUCUGAGUUCCUCCUCCUGGGGCUCCCCGUCCCCCCGGAGCAGCAGGGCGUGCUCUUUGCCCUGUUCCUGGGCAUGUACCUGACCACGGUGCUGGGGAACCUGCUCAUCAUCCUGCUCAUCAGGCUGGACUCGCGCCUCCACACCCCCAUGUACUUCUUCCUCAGCCACCUGGCCCUCUCUGACGUCUCCUUUGCAUCUGUCAUCGUCCCUAAGAUGCUGAUAAACAUACAGACUCAGGAACAAUCCAUCCCCUAUGCGGGGUGUGUAACGCAGAUGUAUUUUUUCAUAUUUUUUGGUUGUAUUGAUAACCUUCUCCUGGCAGUGAUGGCGUAUGACAGGUACGUGGCCAUCUGCCACCCUCUCCACUACACCACCAUCAUGAGGGAUGAGCUGUGUGUAUUUCUGCUGGCUGGCUCCUGGUUCCUCUCCUGUGCUAGUGCCCUGUCCCACACCCUCCUCCUGGCCCAGCUGUCCUUCUGUGCUGACAACACCAUCCCCCACUUCUUCUGUGACCUCGCUGCCCUGCUCAAACUCUCCUGCUCAGACACCUCCCUCAAUGAGAUUUUUAUCUUCGCUGUUGGGGGGUUGGUCAUUAUCCUGUCAUUUAUUGGUGUUCUGGUCUCCUAUGGCCGCAUUGGAGCCACCAUCCUGAGGUUUCCCUCAAUCAAGGGGAUCUGUAAAGCCUUGUCUACCUGCGGUUCCCACCUCUCUGUGGUAUUUCUGUUCUACGGGACGAUUAUGGUAUUGUACUUUUUCCCGUCAUCAAGCAACUCCAAUGACAAGGACAUCAUUGCUUCAGUGAUGUACACGGUGGUCACCCCCAUGCUGAAACCCUUCAUCUACAGCCUGAGGAACAGGGACAUGAAGGGGGCACUGGGGAAACUUCUCAGAAGGGAGACCCUUUUCUCCAAGUGA